AUGACAAGACAAAGGUGGGAAUACCGUUCUCUGGACCAGCUGUUUGCUGGCAUGAUCCUGGCAUCUAUCGGACUAUCGUUCGUCCAGAGCAAUGAGUGUCCCCAGCUGUGUGUGUGUGAGAUCCGACCCUGGUUUACGCCUCAGUCCACCUACAGAGAAGCAAUUACAGUGGAUUGCAAUGACCUGCGCCUAACCCGCAUUCCAGGGAACCUCUCCAGCGACACACAGGUUCUCCUCCUGCAGAGCAACUACAUUGCAAGGACCAGCGAGGAGCUGGAGCAACUUUUUAACCUGACUGAGUUAGAUCUGUCUCAGAACAACUUCAGUAACAUACGGGACAUUGGCCUGGCCAACAUGUCUCAGCUCACAACCCUGCACCUGGAGGAGAACCAGAUCACAGAAAUGCCUGACUACUGCCUACAGGACCUCAGCAAUUUGCAGGAACUCUAUAUCAACCAUAAUCAGAUUAACAUUAUCUCUGCCAAUGCCUUCUCUGGGCUAAACAACCUGCUCAGGCUUCACCUGAACUCUAAUAAGCUCAAGGCCAUCAAUAGCCGCUGGUUUGAGUCCACACCAAACCUAGAGAUCCUCAUGAUUGGUGAGAACCCUGUUGUUGGAAUAAUGGACUUUAACUUCAAGCCUCUUGGUAACCUGAGAAGUUUAGUUUUAGCGGGAAUGGACUUAACAGAUAUCCCUGGAAAUGCCUUUGUGGGACUUGACAAUCUAGAGAGCCUCUCUUUCUAUGACAACAAACUGGUCAGAGUUCCUCAGAAAGCCCUGCAGAAACUACCUAACCUUAAGUUCCUGGACUUGAACAAAAAUCCAGUACACAAAAUCCAGGGAGGAGAUUUCAAGAACAUGCUGAGACUUAAAGAGUUGGGGAUAAAUAAUAUGGGGGAGCUGGUCUCCAUUGACCAGUAUGCUUUGGACAACCUUCCUGAGCUUACCAAACUGGAGGCUACAAAUAAUCCCAAAUUCUCCUAUGUCAACCACCAGGCCUUCCGUGAUGUCCCUGCCUUGGAGAGCCUUAUGCUGAACAACAAUGCCCUGAAUGCCCUUUAUCAGUCCACAGUGGAAACUCUGCCCAAUCUACGUGAGAUCAGUGUCCACAGUAACCCGCUUCGCUGUGAUUGUGUUAUCAAAUGGAUGAACUCCAAUAAAACAACUAUCCGCUUUAUGGAACCACUUUCUAUGCUUUGUGCCAUGCCAACAGAGGUCAGGGGUCAGCAUGUGAGGGAGGUACUGAGGAGGGACUCAGUGGACCAAUGUCUGCCUAUGAUUUCCCAUGACUCUUUCCCCAGUCACCUCAAUCUGGAAAUUGGCAUGACUGUGGACUUGGACUGCAGAGCCAUGUCGCAGCCUGAGCCUGAGAUCUACUGGGUGACGCCCAUGGGGAGCAGGGUGAUGAUGGAUACCCUCUCUAACAAAUACAGCCUCAGCAGUGAGGGAACAUUAAGGAUCUCUAACAUCCAGGUGGAGGACUCAGGCAGAUACACUUGUGUGGCUCAGAAUUCAGAGGGAGCUGACACAAGAGUGACAGCCAUGCGAGUGAAUGGGACCCUCCUAGAUAGCACCCAGCUUUUGAAGCUCUAUGUAAAGUAUGCAGAGUCCCACUCAAUAUUGGUCUCCUGGAAAGUUAACUCUAACGUAAUGACCUCCAACCUGAAGUGGUCAUCUGCCACCAUGAAAAUAGACAACCCACAUAUCACUUACACUGCCAGGGUACCUGUAGACGUCCAUGAAUACAAUCUCACAUACUUACAGCCGGAAACAAAAUAUGAGGUCUGUCUUACUGUCUCCAACAUCCACCAACAGACACAGAAGUCAUGUGUGAAUGUUACUACAAAGCAAGCCACAUUUGCUGUGGAAAUAUCUGACCAAGGGACUAAUACUGCUCUUGCAGCAAUUAUGGGAACAAUGUUUGCAAUUGUCAGCCUGGCCUCUUUGGGUGUAUACAUUUCCAAGAGGUGGAAGAAGAAAAAUUAUCAUCACUCGCUGAAAAAAUACAUGCAGAAAACCUCAUCCAUCCCACUAAAUGAGUUGUACCCUCCCCUGAUCAACCUGUGGGAGGCAGAUAGUGAGAAAGAUAAAGAGGGAUCCUCAGAUACCAAACCUAGCCAGGUGGACACUACACGUAGCUAUUACAUGUGGUGA